GAUGCCUGUCUCCGUUGCCAAGCUGAAAAUAAACGUGAAGUUUUGGGAAAACAGGAUUGCGUGGUAGUUUGGGGUGAAUGCAAUCACUCCUUUCAUCAUUGUUGCAUGUCUCUAUGGGUGAAGCAAAACAAUCGUUGUCCUCUUUGCCAACAAGAAUGGUCCAUACAACGUAUGGGAAAAUAAAUUUUUUUUUACAUGUAUUAAGCUCAGUUUUAAUUAAAGUUUAAUUUAUUAUUUUAAUUUUCUUUCUU